AACUUCUCACCCGAAUUCCCAUUUCGAGGAUAGAUUAGAUAUUUGGAUACAAAAGCCAAUAACACGUGUGUCCACUGUUACAACUUUCAAUGGCUAAAAGUAAGUUUGAAUAUACAAGAAAAUUUGAGAACAACGACAGUUGCUUGUUGAACUGCUUCAUUGUUGUACGGUUAGACGGACGAAACUUUCAUCGGUUUUCUGAUUGCCACGAGUUUGAGAAACCAAAUGACGAAAAUGCACUUAAGUUGAUGAACAGAUGUGCAAAAGAGGUGCUUAAGGAAUUUCAGGAUCUUAUUCUUGCCUAUGGUCAAAGUGAUGAAUACAGUUUUGUAUUCAAGCGAUCUACCACACUAUUCAAAAGAAGGGCCAGCAAACUCAUGACAAAUUUGGCCUCAUACUUUGCAUCAUGUUAUGUUUUUCACUGGCCAGAGUAUUUUGUUGAAAAAAGACUCGAGUAUCCUCCAACUUUUGAUGGUAGAGUGAUUCUUUAUCCCACAGAAACUAAUCUAAGAGAUUACCUCAGCUGGCGACAAGCAGAUUGUCACAUCAACAAUUUGUACAAUACAUGUUUCUGGAAUCUUGUAAAGAAGGCCGGUAUUAGCCCUGAAGAUGCAGAAAAACGACUUUGUGGCACAGUGUCUAGUGACAAAAAUGAAAUUCUCUUCUCUGAGUUCAAUAUCAACUACAAUGAACUGCCAGAGAUUUAUAAAAAAGGAUCAAUAUUGCUUUGGGAACAAAAGACUGUUGCAGUGAAAGAUAAAGCGAUAGUUCGUGCACAUCCCACAGUUGUAACUUUACACAUUGACAUUAUUAAAGAUAACUUUUGGAUUAGCAGACCUAAUUUACUAGUGUAACAAUAAUCUCUAGGUCAUUUUAAUAGGAACUUUAACAAAGUAUUUAUCUACUUUAUAAUGGUAAUAUAGUAAGCACAUUAGGCUUAGUUGUUCUGACUAUGUACAUUUCCUAACUUGUUAUUUUAAACAAGAUGAUCAUUUUGACUAUAA